UUUCAAAAAAUAUAAAAAUAUUUUCCCCUUCGCAAUUUGCAACAAGUUGACUCAACCGGAGAAAGAAACGACGGUGUAGCAUUUGCGUGCGUCGCUCUGUCCUGUCUCGUUCUUCAGAAGACCAAAACCCUAACGAUCUAACUCAACCAAAGUCCGUACUGCUGCAUUUCCACUUGAACAAAACGAUGAGAAGCAAUUGAGUGCAAAGAUCAGACGAGAGAGAUGCUGUUGAUGAAGAGAUUAAGAAUAAGCCAUUUUUUUUUCUGGCGUGGUCUCCUUUUCUGGUGGACACAUCUCCAGCGCAUGUUAGUUCUCACUAUCAGAACUACCGUGUUCUCCCUCGGGCAUUUUAGCUUGAUCUCUUUUUCAUGGUUGACCCAUGGCUGGUUCACAACCUCCAAAGGGUGACCCUUCUAUUUCAGCAACUACGCUGCUGUCUCUCUCCACAUUGACAAACUAGAUGGCAACAACUGUGACUCUUUGGCUUACGACAUCAAACUUUGGCUUCGCGGUCAAGAUUAUCCCAAAAGCUUGAUUCUAUUGCUGAUUCUAUCCCAAAAGAUUGAUGCUAAGUUUGUAACAUCCUCAAAUCCACUCUUAGUCCUUCUCUGAAACAGAUAUUCCGUGCUCAUGACACUUGUCAAGCUGUGUGGGAUGAGGUAAAGAGUCUUUACACCAAGGACUCUCAAUGCUUAUAUGGGAUUUGCCAAAACCUCACGAGUGUCAUUGCUGCUAGACAAUUUGAUGGUACAAUGGUUGACUAUUUAGGCAAAGUCAAUGGCCUUCUGUUUGAUUUUAAUGAACUCUUGCCCUUGACUUCCACUCCUGACGAGGAACUUGAACAACUACAAUCCUUCUUCAUGUUAUUAGCUUUGUAUGGACCACUUACUGAGUAUUCAUUGGUUCCGGAUCAUAUUUUGGGCUCUCCAAAUAUUCCCACCAUCAAUUCUGCAUGGUCCACAUUGCUGCUUGUACUGGCCAAACCAUUUGUUGAUGUGGAUGUGCCUCCACCAUAUGUUGACUCAUCUGCCUUGGUCUCUCUAAGUAGAGAUCAUGGUUAAUGCCGCAAACUAGGAAAAUAUCAUCCCAAAUGCGAUCAUUGCCACAAGCUUGGCCCCACCAUUGACAUCUGUUUUGCCCUUCAUGUUCGACCACCUAGGACAACCCAUGUUGCCCAAGCUGCUCAAGCAUCUUCCUUUGCACUCACCCUGGCACCUACAAUCUAUUGACACCUUGAGCCAUGCUUGUUGACUUCCUUAAGUGGUAUGAGGAGCGUCAGGAUUCUAGUUUCACUGCUUCUAUUGCAGACACAACGGAUAUUGGGUCACAAACACAGUCUCAGGGCAUUGGACUUAAGUUCAGGUUGGACGAUUGGCACCGGAUGUGAGUUACAUGGGCUUUAUCAACUUAACACCUUUGCUCAUGCUGGAUUUGUGGUGGAUUCUCUUCUUUUCAUCCAUGCUCAGUGGGGUCAUCCUAGCCUUGCCAAGCUACAAAAAAUGGUGCCAAGUAUUUCAAAAUUGUCUAGUUUGUCUUUAUUUUCCAAUUUGCAAUUUGCCAGCUCAGCCAAUUGGAGAACGACAUGCACUGUGUAGCAUUGGAGUGUGUUGCUUGUUUUGUCCUAGAGGCCAAGAGCCCAAUAGCCAGUACAACCUAUAAAAGCAUCUCUUAUCCGUGUAGCAUUGGAGUGCAUUGUUUGUUUUGUCCAGGAGGCCAAGACCCUAGUAGCCAACCCAGUCCCUGAAAGGGGCUCUUAUCGUUCUGUUCCUGUCAUUUUUGAUCUCCAACGUAAAAUUCCCGAUGGACAAUAAAUCAGAUCCCAAAGCUGGUGCUACUGCUGUGCCACCUCCCCGAAUUGGGAAGAGAGAGGGUGAGAAUGAAGAUGAGCAGCAAGUCAAUGCAAAGAAGCAUAAGAGACAUGAGGUUGCAGAGGAGCAAAGGAUUAUGGAUGAAAUUGUUUCAGAUGAUUCCUUUGAAGAUUUUGAACCAGAUAAGAAUCCUGAAGCUAAAAAAGACUCCCUCAGUAAACAGGAGAAGAAAGGCAAACCUGAUAGUGCUAACUGUUCCAGUUCUUUGGAGUCAUUGGCUGAUGGUUCUGAGGAGGGUAAAGGUAAUAUGGAUAUUGAUGAGGGUAAUCAUUCUGAAGAAUGUAAUGAAGAAACACUAGAGAAGAUGCAAGUUUUGCCUGUAAAAAGUUCAGAGAACAGUGAGAAAGGAAUUGAGGAAAAAGACCCUAAAGCUCCUCAAGAAAAUCCUAAAAUUCUAGCUACACCAAAUGAACGAAAUGCUGGAUCGAAGACAAUAGUUACUAGAAACUUGUCAUACAGUGUGGAACGAGCUGAUUUGGAAAAUCUUUUCAAAGAGUGUGGAGAAAUUGUUGAUGUUCGUCUACAUACGGAUGCUGAAGGGAGGUUUAGAGGCUUUGGACAUGUUGAGUUUGCAACAGCAGAAGCAGCACAAAACGCUCUUCAGUUAAAUAAUACAGAAUUGUUAAGAUGUCGAAUCAGAGUUGUUAUAGCUCCACAAAAGAAUAAGCAUAGAAGUUUCCAUGUUAUUUCUAGCAACUCGAGUCACUCAUUUCAAAGGAGUGAAGGAACUCAGCCUGUGAAAGGUUCAGAGAUUUCAGGGGACUGUGAACAAGAAACUGAGCCAAAACUAAUUGCUACUUGCAAAGAACCAAGUGCUACAUCAAAGGCAAUAUAUGCUAAAAACUUGGCAUACAGUAUGGAGCAGGAUGAUAUGGAAUAUCUUUUCAAAAAUUGUGGAGAAAUUGUUAGUAUCCACCUACAUACAGAUCAUAACGGGCGGUUUAAAGGCUAUGGACAUGUUGAGUUUGCAACCACAGAAGCUGCACAAAAAGCUCUUGAAUUGAAUAAUACAGUAUAUCUGGGACGUCGUGUUGGAGUUUUUAUAGCUAAAGGAAAGGGUGAAUAUACCUCCAAUAGAAGCAACUGGAGCAAGUCAUUCCACCAGAGUGAACAAACUAAGCCCAUCAAAAGUACAGAGAGUUCAGAGUACUGUGAGGAAGAGGUUGAGGGAAAAGCCUCCAAUAGUUCUUGGGAAAGUUCUAAAAGAGUAGCUACUUUGAAAGAACAAAAUGCUCCAUCAAAGACAAUAUAUGUCAAAAACUUGUCAUACAGAGUGGAACGGGCUGAUAUGGAAAAUCUUUUCAAAGAAUGUGGAAAAAUUGUUGAUGUUCAUCUACAUAGGAAUCCUGAUGGGAGGUUAAAUGGCUUUGGACAAGUUGAGUUUGCAACAGCAGAAGCUGCAAAAAAAGCUCUUGAGUUGCAUAAUACAGAAUUGUUGAGACGUCCCAUUGGAGUUGAUUUGGCUGAAGAAAAAGGUGAAUAUACCUACAGUAGAAGCAACUGGAGCAACUCAUUCCAGAAGUGUGAAAGAGAUCAGUCUCCAACUGUAUUUGUGACGGGUUUUGAUAGUUCCCUUCCGGCAGAAAAGAUAAAAGCUAGCCUAGAAGAACAUUUUGGUUCUUGUGGAGAGAUUCAAAGGAUAUCAAUUCCGACAUUUCAUGAUUCUGGUGCUGUUAAGGGGUUUGCUCACUUGGGGUUCAAGGAUGUUGUCAGUGUGAGGAAAGCUCUACAUCUUGAUCAAAAUGAGUUAGGAGGUUUCCACUUGAGAGUCGAAAAAGCAAAGCCUCGACGUGAAAACCAGGGUAUAGGUGGUGGUAGAGGUGGUGGUGGUGGUCAUCAGUUUGGUGGAAGGGAUGGAAGUGGCUAUACCAGCAGAAUGGGUUGGGGACGAAGUGGUGGUGGUGGGUGGCAUUCUCUUCAUUUUUCUGAUGAAGGCACAGGGAGUUGGUUAAGGGAGAUGAUAAUAAAUAUAGGUCUUAGAAAUUGGUUUUAAGGCCUAACUCAAUCUCAGUGUGUCUCCCAAAAGACAAAGGGGGUCUAGGCAUAAAGGAUCUAAAGACAUUCAACACAGCAUUGCUUGGAAAGUGGAGAUGGGACCUAUUUCAGCAGCAAGGGGAACUAUGGGCCAGAAUACUGGAUUCUAAAUAUGGUGGAUGGAGAUCCCUGGCUGAAGGAAUAAGAGGCAGCAAUGAAUCUCCAUGGUGGAAGGACCUAAUGAUGGUGCUUCACCAACAGCAACGGAGCACUGUCCUUAAAAAUGAAAUAGCAUGGAGGGAGGGAUGUGGAGACAAGAUUAGGUUCUGGGAGGACUGCUGGACUGGUGCCGAUGUACCAUUAAUGGCAAAAUAUCCUAGACUGUAUCAAAUUUCAUGCCAACAAUAGCAAUUCAUCAAGCAGAUGGGGAGCCACACAGAUGCAGGCUGGGAAUGGAAUUAUAUUUGGAGGAGAUCCUUAUUUGAUAAUGAAGUUGACAUGGCUGAUGGAUUUUUAGGGGAGACAACACAGACAACAAUCCAACCACAUAGAGCAGAUACUUGGGUUUGGAAACCUGAUCCAAGUGGACAAUACUCAACAAAAAGUGCGUAUGAUCAGCUCUUGGGAGAAUCAUUGGGGGGGGGGGGGGG